AUGGAGUCUUUCUGGUGGAGGUUAAGUUUACACGCUGUUUAUGUUAGCAAUCUUUCUAACAAGGUUUCAAAGAAGGCCAUUUGGGAGAUUUUUAAUGACUUUGGAGUGGUUGUAGAUGCGUUUUUAUCGAACAGAAAGCAAAAUGGUUCUUCUUGUUUUGCUUUUGUAAGGUAUCGAUUUAAGGAGGAAUCGGUCAGAGCAGUUGAAUUAGGCAAUGGUCGACGAGUGGAUGGAAGGCAGAUCUCUGUCCGCAAGGACACUGAUAGGAAAAUUGAUAGAGCUUCUCAGACCUGGAAGAAUUCUCACAGUGGUGGGGGCCAGGUUAAUACCAACUACAAUCCUGCAACAAGGUUUAACCAGAGGAAUGCCAGACUUCAAUCUGGCUUUUUUGAGAAUAGGCGUAGAUUUCUGCCUAAUAAUAGGGUAAGGGGUCAACGUGUGGUAAGAGAAAGAAGCCAAGUUCGAAGAAUGUUUCAUAGAGUGAGAAGGGAGGAUCGUCGCCAUGGUCAUAGUCCUGGUAGAAAGAAUGGGGUUCUUAACAAUAAUCCUUGCAGUGGAUGCGAAGAUGAUGUUAAGGAUGAUUCUGCUCCUGUUGAGCCCCCAAAGAACGAUGCCAUUCAAGCAGGAACUAGCAUUCCCAUUGAUAAUGCUUUGGAGGAGGGAGAACUGGAGAGAAGUAUUAUUGUUAUGUUAAAUGGUGAUGGGAUUCUUACGGAGGCGAUUCAAGUUUUGUCCAAAAUGGACUUAAAAGUGCAGAUCAGGGAGUUGAGUAGUAUUACACUUCUCUUAACUUUCGAAGAAGCAUCGUUGGUUGAUGUGUGCAUUGGCAUGGUGAAGAGUCUUGACGCUCUAUGCAAUGAUUCGGGCAAGUUGGUGAAGAUUGAUGAUAUUACGUUGAGAAGGGAGAGCCUUAAGUUUGCUAGAUGUCAAGUACUAAUUUCCAGUUUAUCAGAUAUUCCAAAGCUCGUGGUCGGGACUUCCAUGGAUAUUAAGUUCAAAAUUCAUGUCACAGUGGAGAAGGACGCAGAGCCUGUUCCGGUGGUGAGCCAAGAAGACAAUUGUACUCCGGCGCCAUUAUUUUGUGCUUCUCAAGAUGAUUUGUCGCCUUCCAUUAAUGAGUUAGCCUUGGUACUAGCCGAGAAUAUUGAUAGUGUUUUUAUUGAUGAUAUCAUGCAUGUUCAAGGUGGCAUUCGAAGUGGGAGUAUUAAUGAUGAUAGCAGAACCAAGAUUUCGGUUGAAGAGAUAAUGGGGGAAAGUUUAAAUUUCUUUGAAAAUGAAUAUGUUAGUAGGGAGAUUGUUGUUUUCAAUGCUGACGGGGUAUCUUCUGAAGAGAAUGUUGACUUUGUAGCUGAGACUUUUGAGGAACAACAUGUUUCUGAUCCUGGAGCCCACUACAGUCCAAGUUCAAGCCUAAAUACAAGUCGGGCCAGUUUGGAAAUUAACAACGAUGGAGGAAUUGGGUUUGGUAAAAAUUUUAAUCCGCUGGGCUUGAGGGUUAAAUGGGUCAAGUGCAAAGGGUGUGAAAAGAAAAAAAGGGAUAAGAAGAGGAGAAGGGUUAACAGAUUAAUCUAUGGUGACAAAACUACAAUCGUGAUUGACUCUGAAGCGUCUCUUUCAGAUGGUGCUAUAAGGAGGAGAAAUAAUUCCUUAAAAGAGGCAGAUGACACCUUCGAGAUUCUUUCUUGGAACGUUCGUGGGUUAGGUAGGAGGGAGAAGAGAAGGGCAGUAAGGUCUGUAGUGGCUCGUAAUCAGGCUGAUAUGGUAUUACUACAGGAGUCGAAAUUGAGUGAAGGGGAUUCGAAUUUAAUCCAGUCUUUGCGGGGGAAACAAAAUUUUCAGUUUCGGAUAGCUUAUGCGGUUGGUUCUGCUGGGGGGUUAAUCUCGAUUUGGGAUGAAUCAUUCUUCUUAUUGGAGUUUGCUGUGGUUGAACAGAGGUACAUUCUUUGUGUGGGUGUGCUGAGAACCAUAGGGUUUCAUUGUGUUAUUGGUUACAUUUAUGGGCGUAAUGAAGAACAGGGGAGGAGAGUUUUAUGGGAAGAACUCAAAGAUUUAAAGACUCAUUUUGAUUUGCCAUGGAUCUUGGGUGGUGAUUUUAAUGUUGUUUUGUCUACAAAGGAUCGAAUGGGAGCAGCGGAUAAUUCUCAAGAAUUGAUCGGUUCAUCGUUAACACUGAGGGCUCGAAGGAACCAUAUCGGGCGCAUUGAGGUUGAUGGGAGGGUGGUCGAAAAUCCAGUGGAGAUGAAGGAAGUGGGUGAGGGUAAUAUUGAGUGGUUAGAAAGUUCUGUGUCUAGUGAAGAGUUGUAUGAAGCAAUUUGUGCUUGUGAUGGGAACAAGGCUCCAGGACCCGAUGGCUUUAAUCUUUGCUUUAUUAAAAGUCAUUGGGAGUUGCUUAAGGACAGUAUGUUGGAGUUCAUCUCUGAUUUUUGCAAUGGUAAAAGAUUUAAUGCUAAUGUUAAUAACUCUUUCAUCACUUUAAUUCCCAAGUGCGAUGGUGCUAGUAGAUUGGAUCAAUUUAGGCCUAUUAACCUGGUGGGGUGUUUAUACAAAAUUCUUGCUAAAGUUUUGUCUAGGAGAUUGAAAACUGUUUUAUCGGGCAUUGUUGGAGAGACUCAAUUUUCAUUUAUCCAAGGAAGACAGAUUCUUGAUUGUUCGCUUAUUGCUAAUGAAGCGGUCGAAGCUAUGAAAAAGAAUAAGCAAGGUGGCAUUUGUUUCGAAGUCGACUUCGAGAAGGCCUAUGAUAGUGUUGAUUGGGAUUUUCUCGACUUUAUCAUGAGGAAGAUGGGGUUCGGAGAUAAAUGGAUUAGUUGGAUUAUGAAGUUAGUCACUACUCCAACUAUUUCUGUUUUGGCGGUGGAGAUUGGUCUUUUCACUGGUUUUAAGGUGGGCAAUGUUGCUAUUUCUCAUUUACAAUUUGCGGAUGACACUCUUAUUAUGUGUCAGGCUGAUUUGGAGCAAGUUUUAAAUGUUAGAAGAGUACUCGGGUGUUUUCAAUUAAUUUCUGGCCUGAAGAUCAAUUUUUCGAAAAGCAGUAUUUUGGGGAUUAAUGUUGAUCAGUCUAUUGUUCAAGAAUGGGCUAGUAUUAUUAAGUACAAGGUGGGUUCUUUUCCUUGCUUUUAUCUGGGGUUACCAUUAGGUGCAAGGCCUAAUUCAGUUGCGUUGUGGAAGCAUGUUGUGGAAAGGUGUCAAAAGAAGCUGGCUUCGUGGAAGGCAAAGCAUUUAUCCAUGGCUGGCUUGGGUAAUGGGAGGAAAAUUUACCUUGUUGAUUGGGACUCAAUCUGCAAGUAUAAGGAUCAAGGAGGGCUGGGGAUUGUGAAUCUUGGUUUAAGGAGUAGAGCUCUUCUUAACAAGUGGCUGUGGAGGUUCGGGAAUGAGCAUGGCAGCUUGUGGCAGAAAAUUGUUGCUGAAAAUAACGGGAUUUCGUCUGUUGGUCUUUUCCUAAAUGCUGAUUUCAGAAGAUGCUCUGCGCUGUGGAAGGCUAUAUCCAAACCCAUUAGAUGUAACGAUGCCUUGUCUGAUUUUACUACCGAAGGUAUGCUUGUUUCAAUUGGGGAUGACUCCGAGGUUGAUUUUUUGAGGGAUGAGUGGAUCUGUGGAGUUAUUCUUAAAGACAAGUUCUCGAGAAUUUUCGCUUUAGCUUCUAUUAAGGAUGGUAAAGCUAUGGAUUAUGGCCAGUUUCAUAAUAAUGAGUGGAAGUGGAAUGUCACAUUGAUGAGAGAGUUAUUUGGUUGGGAGCUUGAUCAAUGGCAACGUUUUAUUGAUACCAUCUCUGACUAUCAUUUGGUGGAAGGGUUAAGGAUGUUUUGCUUUGGAGGCAUUGUUUCAAAGGAGUUUAUUCGGCUGGUUCUUUUUGCAAAGCUUAUUCUUAUAGUCGGUUUUCUACUAAUGAUGUGUAGAAAUGGUUGUGGGAUGGAUCGGCUCCACCUAAGGAAUGAGGUUGUGUUUAAUCAAAAGCAUUUUGAUGCACUCCAACUCUUUGAUAUUAUUAAGUUGAGGCUUAUGUGGUGGGCUAAGGCUGCUUGGCCGAAUGAUGUUGAUAAUGCUACGGAUUUUUUUCGUUUUCCUAAUAUUGUUUGUAUAUCUAAGAGGAAUAUGGUGGUGCCAAGAUGUGUGUCUUGGAAAUGUCCUGCUGUGGGGUUUAUGAAAUUUAAUGUCGACGAGGCUGCCAGAGGAAAGCCUGGACCAGCUGGUAUUGGGGGGUUGAUGAGAGAUGAUACAGGGAAAGUUUGGAUGGAGUUCUCGAAGUCCAUUGGUGUUACCGAAUCCAACGAGGCUGAAAUUUGUGCGAUUAGAGAGGCCAUCCUGAUGUUUUGUGCUUCGCGUUGGGUUACAACUCAUGGUCUUAUCAUUGAGAGUGAUUCUAGAAAUGCUAUCAAAUGGAUUGAAUGCCCAGAUGAAGUUCCUUGGAGGUUGAGGAAGUGGGUUAGCCAUAUUGGUAAUUUGCUCAAAAAUUGCUCUUCUUAUAGUUUCAACCAUAUCUUCAGAGAGGCAAGUAUGGAAGCUGACAAACUAGCCAAAGAAGGGGUGGAUCGGUCUGUGCCUUUUAUUAGGCACUUGGUGUGA